GCGUCCAGUCUCCUCCCUCGGGAGCUUGCUCGAGGGGCGGUGGCGGACCUUUAUUGUCUGGGGAGCAUCUGCCAGGUGGCGGGCCGAUCCCCUGAUGUGCGCGUGGUGCCCAGCUUCACAAAGCGCGCGGCGGGCAACACCACUCUCGUCCAGGAACAUCACCGGGGAGGAGAGGUGGAGAGAUGUAUGGGCUCUGGGGUCGUGAGCGCGGGGCGAGGGCCGACGUGCCCAACCACUCCCCGCGGGCUCAGUCCCCCGGGAUCAGCACCUCGAAAGAACAGGGGUCAGACACCGCCGCCAGGGAGCUAGACCCAGACCAAGGCGAGGAGGGGCGCGCAGAAGGGGCGUGGCCGCCGCGCAGGGGGAGGGCGCUGGGAGGAGCGGCCGCGGCUUGGCGCUCGCGGCUCUGGGGGCUCGGCUUUGCCGCGCUCCCGGCACUCGGGCGAGAGCCGGAACGUGGAACAGAGCUCCGGUCCCAGCGCAGCCACCGCGAUGAGAGGCGCUCGCGGCGCCUGGGAUUUCCUCUUCGUUCUGCUGCUCCUGCUCCUCGUCCAGACAGGCUCUUCUCAGCCAUCUGUGAGUCCAGGGGAACUGUCUCUACCAUCUAUCCACCCAGCAAAAUCAGAGUUAAUUGUCAGCGUUGGCGACGAGAUUAGGCUGUUAUGCACUGAUCCAGGAUUUGUCAAGUGGACUUUUGAGAUCCUGGGUCAACUGAGUGAGAAAACAAACCCGGAAUGGAUCACCGAGAAAGCAGAGGCCACAAAUACAGGCAAUUACACGUGCACCAAUAAAGGCGGCUUGAGCAGUUCCAUUUAUGUGUUUGUUAGAGACCCCGAGAAGCUUUUCCUGAUUGACCUUCCCUUGUACGGGAAAGAAGAAAACGACACGCUGGUUCGCUGUCCCCUGACAGACCCCGAGGUGACCAAUUACUCUCUCACGGGGUGUGAGGGGAAACCUCUCCCCAAGGAUUUGACGUUUGUGGCUGACCCCAAGGCAGGCAUCACAAUCAGAAAUGUGAAGCGCGAGUACCAUCGGCUCUGUCUGCACUGCUCAGCGAAUCAGAGGGGCAAGUCCAUGCUGUCGAAGAAAUUCACUCUGAAAGUGCGGGCAGCCAUCAAAGCUGUGCCAGUUGUGUCUGUGUCCAAAACCAGCUAUCUUCUCAGGGAAGGAGAGGAAUUUGCAGUGACAUGCUUGAUUAAAGACGUGUCUAGUUCCGUGGACUCUAUGUGGAUAAAGGAAAACAGCCAGCAGACUAAAGCACAGACGAAGAAGAAUAGCUGGCAUCAGGGUGACUUCAGUUAUCUCCGUCAGGAAAGGUUGACUAUCAGCUCAGCAAGAGUGAAUGAUUCUGGUGUGUUCAUGUGUUACGCCAAUAAUACUUUUGGAUCAGCAAAUGUCACAACAACCUUAGAAGUAGUAGAUAAAGGAUUCAUUAAUAUCUUCCCUAUGAUGAACACAACAGUAUUUGUAAAUGAUGGAGAGAAUGUGGAUCUGGUUGUUGAAUAUGAGGCAUAUCCCAAACCUGUACACCGACAGUGGAUAUAUAUGAACAGAACCUCCACUGAUAAGUGGGACGAUUAUCCCAAGUCUGAAAAUGAAAGUAACAUCAGAUACGUAAAUGAACUUCAUCUAACCAGAUUAAAAGGGACUGAAGGAGGCACUUACACAUUUCACGUGUCCAAUUCUGAUGUCAAUUCUUCCGUGACAUUUAACGUUUACGUGAACACAAAACCAGAAAUCCUGACGCAUGACAGGCUGGUGAAUGGCAUGCUACAGUGCGUGGCCGCAGGGUUCCCGGAGCCAACCAUCGAUUGGUACUUUUGUCCAGGAACCGAGCAGAGGUGUUCUGUUCCCGUUGGGCCAGUGGAUGUACAGAUCCAAAACUCAUCUGUCUCACCAUUUGGAAAACUAGUGGUUUAUAGCACCAUUGAUGACAGCACAUUCAAACACAAUGGGACGGUGGAAUGCAGGGCUUAUAACGAUGUGGGCAAGAGUUCUGCCUCUUUUAACUUUGCAUUUAAAGGUAACAGCAAAGAACAAAUCCAUGCUCACACCCUGUUCACGCCGUUGCUGAUUGGUUUUGUGAUCGCAGCUGGUUUAAUGUGUAUCUUCGUGAUGAUUCUUACGUACAAAUAUUUGCAGAAACCCAUGUAUGAAGUACAGUGGAAAGUUGUCGAGGAGAUAAAUGGAAACAAUUAUGUUUACAUAGACCCAACACAACUUCCUUAUGAUCACAAAUGGGAGUUUCCCAGGAACAGGCUGAGUUUUGGGAAAACCUUGGGUGCUGGCGCCUUCGGGAAAGUUGUUGAGGCCACCGCUUAUGGCUUAAUUAAAUCAGAUGCAGCCAUGACUGUUGCUGUCAAGAUGCUCAAACCAAGCGCCCAUUUAACAGAACGAGAAGCCCUAAUGUCUGAACUCAAAGUCUUGAGUUACCUCGGUAAUCAUAUGAAUAUUGUGAAUCUUCUGGGAGCGUGCACCAUUGGAGGGCCCACCCUGGUCAUUACAGAAUAUUGUUGCUAUGGUGAUCUUCUGAAUUUUUUGAGAAGAAAACGUGAUUCAUUUAUUUGCUCAAAGCAGGAAGAUCACGCCGAAGUGGCGCUUUAUAAGAACCUUCUUCAUUCAAAGGAGUCUUCCUGCAAUGAUAGUACUAAUGAGUACAUGGACAUGAAACCUGGAGUUUCUUAUGUUGUACCAACCAAGGCAGACAAGAGGAGAUCUGCAAGAAUAGGUUCAUACAUAGAAAGAGACGUGACUCCUGCUAUCAUGGAAGAUGAUGAGCUGGCCCUGGACCUGGAGGACUUGCUGAGCUUUUCUUACCAGGUGGCAAAAGGCAUGGCGUUCCUUGCCUCAAAGAAUUGUAUUCAUAGAGACUUGGCAGCCAGAAAUAUCCUCCUUACUCAUGGUCGAAUCACAAAGAUUUGUGAUUUUGGUCUCGCCAGAGACAUCAAGAAUGAUUCUAAUUAUGUGGUCAAAGGAAACGCUCGACUCCCUGUGAAGUGGAUGGCACCGGAGAGUAUUUUCAACUGUGUGUACACAUUUGAAAGUGAUGUCUGGUCCUAUGGGAUUUUUCUGUGGGAGCUGUUCUCUUUAGGAAGCAGCCCCUACCCUGGAAUGCCAGUCGAUUCUAAGUUCUACAAGAUGAUCAAGGAAGGUUUCCGAAUGCUCAGCCCCGAGCAUGCACCUGCGGAAAUGUAUGACAUCAUGAAGACCUGCUGGGAUGCUGAUCCCUUGAAAAGGCCAACAUUUAAGCAGAUUGUGCAGCUGAUUGAGAAGCAGAUCUCAGAGAGCACCAAUCAUAUUUAUUCCAACUUAGCAAACUGCAGUCCCCACCGGGAGAACCCCACCGUGGACCAUUCUGUGCGCAUCAACUCUGUGGGCAGCAGCGCCUCCUCCACGCAGCCUCUGCUUGUCCACGAAGAUGUCUGAAGCAGAGUCUGCAUCUGGGGGUCUCCUGACAACCCCGACCCCCCUCUCUUUUGGUUUUCACAAUGGUUCCUUUGUUUUCCUUCCACUCGAAUCCUACUCCAGGGUAGUGGACACCCUGAUGUAAUCCUGUCUUUAUGAGCACCCUUUAGUGACUGAUGAUUUUUGUCAUCAGCUACCAUCAAGCUGCCUAUGUUCCUAAUAGCACACUAGCCCCUGCUAACAAGGAAACUUCAGACUUGUAGAAAGGGAGGGUGGGAUGGACUAGACACACUGAGUCCUUCCCAAGGUUUCUCCAAUUUCUAUCUGAAAAAUGUAGUUGAUAGUUUUGAGUACAUAAGAGUAGUCACCUUCAUUCCUCAUAAUCAUCCAUGAUGGUAUGAUGAUGUAGCAAGACUAGAAGCUGAAACCUUAUCCCUUGAUGCAGAAAAUAGAAUGUUAUUCAAAGGCCAGAAGCCUAUGACUAUCUGGGCUCAAGAAAUCUAGUAUUUCAUGCUGGGAGUAAGACACAGGCCAUGGAAAAAUGUUCUCCAGGCCUGAAUAAAGACUGCUGGGCAUGAGCCUUCAUGCUUCUGACCUGGUUUCUAAAUCAAAUUCAUUAAUAGUAGCUGAAUUGGAGAGACGGCCUCCCAGCCCACAUUUUGUAUAUACUCAUCUAUAAAUUAUAUGCAUUCACAUAUUUGAGGGGGGAAAACCCACAAGGUGUAGUUUCUGAAUACAAUUCUGGCUUGAGUCUGCUGUGUAUAGGAAUAACUGAUGAGCCAGAACAAGUUUGAAGGAAACAGUGCUUUAAAAAAAAAAAAAUUAUUGCCAAGCACAGUCUUAACAAAAAUCUCCUUUUGUAGCCGAUGAACUUGCUCUAGAGAUUGUCCAGAACAAGCCGACCAGCUUCAGAAUGUCAUCGUGUUCAGUGGAUUUGAUGCCGUUUGAAAAAGUGAUUCAUUGCAUGACUCUGGCAGGAGUGACAACCAGUGCUAUCUUAGUUUGGAUUCUUCUGUAGCCAAAAAUAAACUUUAGAUUCAGCCUCCAUCACAGGCAUGUCCUGGACACCUGGCCAGUAUCUAUAUAAGUGUGUAUGUGUGCGUGUGUAUGUAUGCUUGUAGACAAAACAUUUUGGGAGUAGUCUUGCCUUGAGCCCAGGAGGGUCCUUCAGCACCGAAGAAGUAGCCUGGCUUUCAGCAGCAGCCCAGCUUUUGUUUCACUUCACCUUGCUGUGUAGAGAAGCUUACCAAAAGCUUACAUAGAGGAGUGCUUAAGUCCGUAUUUAUUUGCAAUCCACCUGCACUUAAGGCACUCUGUUACUUAUACUCAACAUACUGUACCUGUUCCUUAGACCUUGUUAAUGCUACUCUCCUACGGAAACAUAUUUCAGUUCUACCCUUUAGGCUGUAGCCUGGAUAUUAGUGUUACCUGUUUGUUUGUUUGUUGCCUCUACCCAAUUAUAAGAGGUCCAUGGUUACAUGGCAGGGUUUAUGUGUUGUCUCGCAAGAUUCAGGUAUGCUGCCCUCACGGUUUUCCCCUCCUAGGUCUCUUUGCUUUCAUUUAGAGAACUGUGGCCAUUUAUCUGAAAGUAACCAUUUGCACUGGAGUUCUAUGCUCUCGCACCUUUCCAAAGGUAACAGGUUGGGGCGUUUUGUUGCUAAUGUAAGACGUUUUUGCUGUUUGCCACACUUUUGUCUGAAAAUUUCCUUUGCAUUUCUAUUGACUUUGGUUAUAGUAAGAAAAGUGGUUGUUAAUUGUAGAUGUCUAGGUACUUCAGGGGCACUUCACUGAGAGUUUUGUCUUGGAUAUUCUUGAAAGUUUAUAUUUUUAUAAUUUUUUUUUUUUUACAUCUGAUGUUUCUUUGCAGUAGCUUUAUGUUUGAAAUUAUUUUGUGGCUUUUUUUUGUAAAUAUUGAAAUGUAGCAAUAAUGUCUUUUGAAUAUUCCCAAUCCCAUGAGUCCUUGAAAAUAUUUUUUAUAUAUACAGUAACUUUAUGUGUAAAUAUGUAAGCGGUGCAAGUUUAAAGGAUGUUGAUGUUCUAUGUGUUUUUUUCCUGAUAUGUUGUCCAACUGUUCACAGUUCUAAAGAAUUCUAAUAAAAGUGUAAAUAUAAAGUCAAA